UGCCGCGUGCUCCUCGUCGGGCGGGACCCUUGGGCUGCGUCGCGGUUGCGUUUCUAGACGCGCAUUUUCUGCUCCUCCCAGGGUGGAGCUGGAACUCCGACCGCUUCUUUCUGACUGUUAGAGCUGUGCCACCAACCGCCUCUGAUCCAGCCCCUCUGCAGGCGCAGGCUGCUGUCGUCUCCUGCCUGGACCGAGCCAAAGAGAACCAUGCAGAAGGACUCCGGGCCACUAGUGCCUUUACAUUGGAUUGGCUUCGGCUAUGCAGCACUGAUUGCCUCUGGUGGGAUCAUUGGCUAUGCAAAAGCAGGUAGUGUCCCAUCCCUGGCUGCUGGGCUCCUCUUCGGUGGUUUAGCAGGCCUGGGUGCCUAUCAGCUGUCUCAGGAUCCGAGGAACAUUUGGGUUUUCCUAGCUACAUCUGGAACCUUGGCUGGCAUUAUGGGAAUGAGAUUCUACUACUCUAGGAAAUUUAUGCCUGCAGGCUUAAUUGCAGGUGCCAGUUUGCUGAUGGUCGCCAAAAUUGGAAUUAGUGUGUUCAACAGACCCCAUCAGUAAUAGUCACGUCCCCGCUUGGACUCAUGAAGAAUUUUAAAACUUCCACUAUUUUUAGUAUAUUGGGAGAAAUAAAUGCAGCAUUUUCACAUAUACUGACAUUUUACUUUAAAAAGAAAAGAUACUGAACUUUGCAGAGAAAAAUAUCAGUCAUCAUUAUUACGACUCUAAAGGGGUGGGUAGCAUAUAACAUAAGAGCUUAUUAUAAUACCCUCGUAUAAUUUGGUUCUUGUAUGUUAAUACUCUUUCUUUUUGUAUUUUUACAUAAAGUCUCAAGGGGUAAAAUGUUGUCAACAUUGGGGUCCCUGAAACCUCAUACCCUACCUACUAGGAGGAACAGUGUGAAAAAAAAAUCUCAUGAGAUUUAGGGUAUCUGUUCUUUUGCUCAUCUUAGAGCACAGACCUACUUUGACAUUAUAUUAAAUGAAAUAAUCAAUGAAAAUAAAGUUUCUAUUAAUAAUA